AUAAGGACAUAUUCAAAUCCAUUCAAUCAUAAACACUUUAAUUCUUCUCCUCCUUACUUUCCAAGUCUCUAAUAUUGUCCAAAGUUUUUGUUAUAUUCUUCUCUUUAAAGUUUGUGACAUUACCAAAUGGGUUCCUCAAAGUUGUUAGGCCUUUUAGCCAUGACUCUCAUGUUACUACUGCCCAUGGCUGCCAAAGGAGAUAUCGUUGAUGAUGUCCUUAAUAAGGUUUGUGAAGAAGUGGAAUGUGGGAAAGGAAACUGUGUAGUGAAUACAAGUUACCCUUUGAAUUUUGUUUGUGAAUGCGAAUCUGGUUGGAAACGAACCCACGAUGAAGAUGAUGAUAUAUAUGCCACUAGCUUUCUUCCAUGUGUCAUUCCUCAAUGUAGCUUGAAUUAUGGUGGUUGUCAGCCAGCACCACCCCCAGUUCCGGAGAAGAGCUUCCCUCACAACAUUUCAACUUUUGAUCCAUGCUAUUGGGCAUAUUGUGGAGAAGGUAAAUGCACCAAGAACAGGACACAUACACACAUAUGUGAAUGCAACCCAAAUUAUCAAAAUCUUCUCAAUAUCUCUGUUUUCCCCUGUUACAGUCAAUGUACUCUUGGAUCUGAUUGUUCAAGCCUUGGAAUUAAAGUUGCAGAUUCAACCUCAACUACUGAUAAUGGCAGUGAUGCAAGCUCAAUCUUUGGAGGAAGGUUCCAUUGGAUCGUUAUGUUGUUGAUUUCGACUGGUAUGGUUAUGUGGAGCUAGUUAGGAUGAAGAGAUGGUUUGUGAUAUUGUGCUGAACUUCAUGAUUAUUAGAAGUCUAAUGGGAAUUAGUUUAAUUUUGUGAAUUAUUUAUUUGAUUGUUGUGAUUUUUGUGUAAUAUAGUAAAUAUAUAGUCUCAUUAUAGCCUAUAGAAAUAAAGUCAUGGUUGAGUCAUUGGUAGAAGAUGACUAUUGGUACAUAUAUAUGAUGGUAUUUUUGUAUACAU